AUGUCUCAGCUAUUAGGAGUAGACACUCCUGUUCCCGAGAGAGGGAAUAUAGACGACACACAACAUGUGGUGAAAACCGGUCACUGUGGUAUUCCAGAUCUUAUAGUCAAUGGUCAAGUAAUUGGAGAAAAUUAUGGCUAUAGAGACACAGUUGUAUACCAGUGCAGUCCUGGUUUUCGUUUGAUUGGUUCUUCUGUACGAAUAUGUCAACAGGAUCACAACUGGUCUGGUCAGCUCCCAUCCUGUGUGCCUGUUAGCUGUGGUCACCCUGGUAGCCCAAUUUAUGGAAGAACAAGUGGAAAUGGUUUUAACUUCAACGAUGUUGUAACAUUCUCAUGUAAUACCGGGUAUGUUAUGCAGGGGCCAACCAAAGCACAGUGUCAGGCUAACAGGCAGUGGAGCCACCCACCUCCAAUAUGCAAAGUGGUCAAUUGUUCUGAUCCUGGAAUUCCUGCAAAUUCUAUAAGAGAAAGUAAAAUCGAACAUGGAAACUUCACAUAUGGCACAGUAGUAUUUUAUGACUGUAAUCCUGGAUAUUUUUUAUUUGGCUCUUCAGUUUUAAUUUGUCAACCAAACGGCCACUGGGACAAACCUCUACCUGAAUGCAUUAUGAUUGACUGUGGCCAUCCUGGCGUUCCUCCUAAUGCGGUGCUGUCUGGAGACAAGUACACGUUUGGGUCUACUGUUCAUUACACCUGCACGGGGAGACGGACGCUGCUAGGGCAGUCAUCUCGCACGUGUCAGCUGAACGGACACUGGAGUGGAUCUCUUCCUCACUGCUCAGGUAUCCCAGGUCAUGGGUCUAGAGAAGAAAACAAUUUUAAAAUUAAAAGCACAGUACGUUUCAGCUGUAAUAUCGGAUAUAUCCUCCAUGGCUCAGAAGAAAGGACUUGUAUGGCAAACGGAAGUUGGACAGGAAGACAACCUGAGUGCAAAGCUGUGCAGUGUGGUAAUCCAGGAACAACUGCUAAUGGAAAAGUAUUUCGUAUUGAUGGAACUACAUUCUCUAAUUCAGUGAUUUAUUCAUGCAUGGAAGGAUACAUACUUUCUGGAUCAUCUGUAAGACAAUGCACUGCCAAUGGAACAUGGUCUGGAUCCUUGCCAAACUGCACAAUUAUCAGUUGUGGAGAUCCAGGAGUCCCAGCCAACGGCAUGAGAUAUGGUGAUGAUUAUGUUCUUGGACAAAAUGUUACUUAUAUGUGCCAACCUGGCUAUACAAUGGAAACAAACAGCUCCUUAAUUCGCACUUGUACUAGCAAUGGCACGUGGAGUGGAGUAAUCCCAACAUGCAAAGCUGUUACCUGCCCAACUCCUCCGCAGAUCUCUAAUGGAAGGUUGGAAGGAACAAAUUUGGACUGGGGAUUUAGCAUUAGCUAUGUCUGCUCUCCAGGAUAUGAACUCUCUUUUCCUGCUGUUUUGACUUGUGUUGGGAAUGGAACAUGGAGUGGUGAAGUACCUCAGUGCUUGCCAAAGUUUUGUGGUGACCCUGGUGUACCUGCUCAAGGGAAAAGAGAAGGCAAGAGCUUCAUCUAUCAGUCAGAAGUCUCUUUCAUCUGCAAUCCCCCUUUUAUUUUGGUUGGCUCCAGCACCAGGAUUUGCCAAGCAGAUGGUACAUGGAGUGGUUCUUCUCCUCGAUGCAUAGAACCUACUCGCACAGCAUGUGAGAAUCCAGGAGUCCCAAGGCAUGGGUCACAAAACAACACAUUUGGCUAUCAGGUGGGAAAUGUUGUUCAGUUUCAGUGUAAAAAAGGUCACCUUCUCCAUGGCUCAACAACACGAACCUGUCUUCCUGAUCUUACGUGGAGUGGAAUCCAGCCGGAAUGCAUACCUCACAGCUGUAAACAACCAGAAACACCAACUCAUGCUAAUGUGGCCGGAAUGGACCUUCCCUCACUUGGUUAUACAUUGAUUUACACUUGUCAGCCAGGCUUCUUUCUGGCAGGAGGAUCAGAGCAUAGAGCCUGUAGGUCUGAUGGCACAUGGACUGGGAAAGUUCCAGUUUGUGAAGCUGGUUCCAAAAUAUUAGUGAAGGAUCCCAGACCAGCUUUGGGAACACCAAGUCCCAAACUAAGUGUUCCUGAUGAUGUAUUUGCCCAAAAUUAUAUAUGGAAAGGAUCUUACAAUUACAAAAGCAAGAAACAGCCCAUGACUUUGACAGUCACCAGUUUCAAUGCCACUUCAGGAAGAGUAAAUGCAACACUUACAAACAGCAAUAUGGAAUUGCUGCUAUCAGGAGUGUAUAAAAGCCAGGAAGCUCGGCUAAUGCUACACAUAUAUCUCAUUAAAGCACCCUCCCAUACAUCUGUGAGCAAGCUGAAAGAGGAAAAAUGGGCUAUGGAUGGUUUUGUUUCUAAAGAUGGAGCAACAUAUGUUUUUCAAGGAUUCAUCCAGGGUAAAGAUUAUGGACAAUUUGGACUUCAAAGAUUAGGUCUUAACAUGUCUGAGGGUUCAAAUUCUUCUAAUCAUCCACAUGGUACAAAUAGUAGUUCAGUGGCCAUUGCUAUCCUUGUGCCUUUCUUUGCCCUUAUAUUUGCUGGUUUUGGCUUUUAUCUUUAUAAACAAAGGACUGCACCUAAAACACAGUAUACAGGAUGCUCUGUACAUGAAAAUAAUAAUGGACAAGCUGCUUUUGAAAACCCCAUGUAUGACACAAAUGCAAAGUCUGUGGAAGGGAAAGCAGUACGAUUCGACCCCAACCUGAACACUGUUUGCACAAUGGUAUAAUGUGGUAAUGGUAUGUCUUCAAAGUCUAAAAGUUGACACACAACACAGUGCACACACAGUUCACUGAAUAAAAAAAAUAAAGCAAAGCACACUUUUCAGGAUAUACUGGGUCACCUUUCCUGACGAUGAUAGACAAGAAUGGGUUGUGGUUAUUUUGUUUUGAUUUUGUUUUACAUGAACUGGAUCAGAAUUCUUCUUUGUGUGAACCACGGAGAGUUUUAAAAAAUUUUGCUGCACUCCAUGAGUGCUACUCACAGUUUAUUUGCUUUUUUUAAAAAGGAGGUUAUUCUAAAACAUAAAACAUAUUUGCAUAUAUUGGAGGAGCAUCCACUAUCAGUAUUUCUGUGCUUUAUAAAAACUAUAAUAGAGGGACUGGGUUAAAAAAAAAAAAAAGAUAUAGGUAGAAAAUAAGAGCUGUAUUUACAGGAGACAAUAAGUCGCUGACUUCUCUUUAACAGUCAUACACUACAUCUUUCUCAUGAGUUUGUACCUUUUCUCAUUUAUUCAGUCCAUUUAGUAUUUUAUUUUUAAAGUCCAGGAUGUAGUAUUUAGAAAUUAGCAAGUACAACUUACUCUUUUCACGUCACAGAAGAAAAAUUAAAAUAUCAUGUUCUUAUUUAGUGAAUCUCCUGUCCUGCUUCACUUCUUGCUUCCUUUU